AUGUAUAUCAGCAAAAUCGCAAGUGUAGCUGCAUUGAUAAGUGUUGUAGCGGCAAUUCCAUCACCGCAAAAGGGGACAAAAGACGCUGCUACAGCUGCCAGUGGAAACGAUGCAUCCCUUACAUUAGCAUCAGAUGCUAUUCAGAGCGGUUCCUUCGCCGAUGGUUCAGGAGAAAUUGGUGCGGCGGAAGUUGGACAAGCGAAAUCAGCAACCUCGAAGAACAACUUUAUCAACUUUUGCUCUGGUUCUACUUUGACAAAUGGUCUACAAGUUACUACAGGAUCAUGUAACGGUAUUCCAAUGGGAAAACUUCCCGCCAAGACCGCCAUGGUCUCUUCGACCAUCAUUAAUCCCCCAACAGGUGGAAAAGGCAUCCCAUCAGACACCACCUUCAACAUCACAGUUCAAAUGUCAAAUAUCGUCGCCGGAUCUUUCACCAACGCCGAUUCCACCUACUUCGCUGCACCCCAAGAUCUCUCCGGCGGUAAAGUAAUUGGCCACACUCAUGUCACUGUCCAAGAUCUCGGCAGCUCUUUGAACCCCACGAAAGCUCUCGACGCUACCCAAUUUGCCUUCUUCAAAGGUAUCAACGACGCAGGAGAUGGCAAUGGUCUUCUUUCCGCUGUCGUGACCGGUGGUCUCCCGGCUGGAAACUACCGUGUAUGCACAAUGGCUUCUUCGUCCAAUCAUCAACCAGUUAUCAUGCCUGUCGCCCAGCGCGGUACCGCGGACGACUGCACUAAAUUCGUAGUUACCGGCUCAGGCACCACCGCAAAUGCAGCUUCGAAUGAUGGAUCCGGUGGACAAGCUGCUGCUGCUUUGGCGGCAAGUGCAGUGGCUGCUGGGCCUAACAACUCGGUGGCAAGCUCAGCUGCAGCUACGAGUUCGAAGGGUUCAGCUGCCAAAGGAAAUGCUAAUGCAGCUAGUGCUACGAGCAAAGCUACAAAAGCAACUAGUACGGCGAGUACUUCUGCAAAGGCAGCUAGCACGAGUACCUCUGCAAAAGCAGCUAAUACAGCGAAUGCACAGGGUGGGAAUAAGGGACAGGGUGGAAAGAAUGGCGGUACCAAUGCACAAGGAGGUAGAGGAGGAAACAAUGGAAAGAGACGUCGCUCGAGACUUGAAUUUAUUGCAUAG